AUUACAACAACAACAACGACCAGUCGAAACCUGUGCGUGUUAUUGCGUGUGCCUCGGUCGGCUUACAGUGUGAAGGCGCGCGCGCGUGUGUUUUUCUCUUCCUACCUCGUGAACUACAGUCGCCGUUGCCACCCUAGCAAACAUGGGAAACGCGGCAGCGACCAAGAAGGGCGAUCCCGCGGAAAACGUUGAACGCUUUCUUGAAGAAGCAAAGCGACAGUUCGAACAGAAAUGGACGAAUCCGAGUUCGAACACCGCAGUUCUCGAAGAUUUCGACCGAAUCAAAACUCUCGGCACGGGAUCGUUUGGCCGAGUGAUGCUGGUAAAGCACAAGAGCGCAGGAGACUACUUCGCUAUGAAAAUUUUAGACAAACAGAAGGUUAUCAAGCUAAAACAGGUUGAGCACACUCUGAACGAGAAGAAAAUCCUUCAAGCCGUGGAUUUCCCGUUCCUCGUCAGGCUAGCUUAUCAUUUCAAGGACAACUCGAAUCUGUACAUGGUACUAGAGUACGUCCAGGGCGGUGAAAUGUUCACGCACCUACGGAAAGUGGGCAAGUUCAGCGAACCCCAUGCGCGUUUCUAUGCCGCGCAAAUCGUGCUGGCCUUCCAGUACCUGCAUUCGCUCGACCUUAUCUAUCGAGACUUGAAGCCGGAGAACCUGCUGAUCGACCAUCAAGGCUACAUCAAGGUAACUGAUUUCGGUUUUGCCAAACGUGUCAAGGGGCGCACCUGGACGCUCUGCGGCACUCCCGAAUACCUCGCUCCUGAAAUCAUUUUGUCGAAAGGCUACAAUAAGGCUGUCGACUGGUGGGCCCUCGGAGUUCUCGUUUAUGAGAUGGCCGCCGGUUAUCCACCGUUCUUUGCUGAUCAGCCGAUUCAAAUCUACGAGAAAAUCGUAUCUGGGAAGGUGAGGUUCCCGUCACAUUUCACGUCUGACCUGAAAGAUCUUUUGAAGAACCUACUUCAAGUCGAUCUCACCAAGAGAUACGGCAACCUCAAGAACGGUGUGAACGACAUCAAGAACCACCGCUGGUUCGCGCAGACCGAUUGGAUUUCUAUCUACCGGAAAGAGAUUGAAGCACCUUUCCUGCCCCGCAACUCCGGGCCGGGAGACACCUCAAACUUCGACGAAUACGAAGAGGAACCGCUUAGAAUCUCCUCAACGGAGAAAUGUGCCAAGGAGUUCGCCGAUUUCUAAACAGGGGAAUAAUAUAGACAAACGCUAGCGAGUGAGCGAGCGAAAGAAGACAACCAUCCGCGGUAGUCGUUUCCCGUCAUCGAGGGAAAUACGAGGACGUAGCGCACUGCCAGAAUCGACGCCGAUCGCCCCAGCUCGCUGGAAACGAAGAGAAUAUGACUUGGUUGAUUUCGGGUGGCGGUAAUGCUUACCCCAACUGACCGAGGUCUUACCUUUGACUCGUCCGACACAGGACGUGCGGAGAGAUGUGACCUCGUCGUUGUUGAUAACCUUAUGAUGAUAGAUCCUGGAGACGAUGAUGAAGAUGUUAGCGAUGAGAGUGAAAUGAUGAUAACGAUAAUGGAUCGUGCACGUUCCGCUUCCGAGAGCCACUCGAAGCAAGCAAAAAAUCCUUGUGCCUCCUUAGAAUCAAAGCGGAGCGAAGAAGAGGAAGAUCAUCGCGACGGAAGGAUAUUUGUUCUUCUUUCUCCGGCUGCGGAUGAGCGUCUGCGUGCACGAAUUGUUUAGAACUCUUGCUUCCCAACUGCGAGCGCAUCGGAAAUGUUUAUUUCUUAGAAUGAUGUGAAUGUCAUUCUAGUCAAUAACGAGGAGUCGGGAGAGUGGUACACCAGACAAACCAUCAACAAUUUCAACGAACGUGCAACUCCCCGCCGAGUCACUUAGUCAAACACAGUUCUGUUUGGAAUGAUUCCGUCUAGAGGCAUUCCUGAAUCUAUGGUAAAUCAAUCGGUUGAUCGAUGGAUCGAUCACGUUCUACAAUAAGAACCUGUCGCCACCCGCCAUUGUAGCAGCGUCGGUCGGCGGCAUCAGCGCCCACGAACGCUGUCCCCUUAGCGCCGGUCAGCGCAUGCAGUUGGGAAUUUGGACACAAAAUACAGUCUACAUCAAAUACUACAGAAAUUGUUGCGUGUAUGCUGGCAAAAGGACAGGCACGCCAGCCAGUUGUCGAGCACGUCACUUGCGGCGACCUGUUCAAUUGAGAGAGAGAGAGAAAGAAAGAGAGAGAAAGAGAGCGAGAGGAAAAGCAAUGAAGUAAGGAAGAGUUGAACAAGUACCGAAGACUAGAUGGAGAAUAUUCCUUGCGGCCAGAAGUCCCGAACCGCUAAGUUACCGAAUAUUAAUAUAUUAUAUGGGCAUAGGCCAGAGAGUCAACAAAUGUCAAACAACGGAACCAACACAAGCGACAUACAUCAGACUGAGCGGAACAAAACAAGAGAAUUCAACAGAUGAAACAGACAAUUCCGGCUGCUAUCGGCAGACGGGAUGAGCUGAUGAAUGAUAGACUUACAGCGACAAUUGAAUACUGAGAAGAGCGCAAACAGACGAACUUCAAAGUACACGCACAAGCGAACUUUGAAGUGGAUGGACACACAAGAAUUUUUGAAUGGUACAUAUAUAUAUAAACGUUUAUUCUCAAUCAAAAACAUCGGUGAGCCAUCGACGCAAACACAUAUGAUACAUUUCACGGAAGCAUUCAAACACAAAUCCACGAUCCGGCAGAGCAUGUCAGACUAUACUGGAUGGAAUCCGGAUAAUAUGAGAAUAACUAGCUCGUAGUUGUUAUUAUCGGAAGUCGAAUCGAGGCGAAGGAACGACCCGAGAUCGACCAGCGAAGAACUCUCUGAGAGCAAUGACCGACGAGUCGAUCGGGAGUUGAGCGCCACAUGAAGCGAGUGGCUCCUUCUGGGACCCUCUUUGCUCUUCAACCCAAAAUGAAACUGAAUGACUACUAGUCUAGCUUGGCUGAGCAAAAUCUGCGGCGGCAGCAACCCGAAGAGGAUACCAACAACAUGAAACUAUUAUGCAACAAAGUAAAUUAAUUUAGAUUGACGAAUCUAUCAUAUGGAUGAAUACACAAUUCUAUUGACAAAGAAACAACAAAGAACUUGAGACCAGAAGUGGAGUGAACGUGUUUCAUUUACCUCACUAAGCGCUAGUAGUGCAAUCGUUGUAGAGAUUAUGAUUAUUUGAAAUCUCUCCCUGCCUCGAUCCACCCGCCGCUCACCCUUUUCCUCCCUCCUCCACCUGGACCCUCUUGGAAACUUUUAUAAAGGUGGAGAACUUCAUUUUCCCCCUGUCUGUGGUUUGAUUAUCGGAUAUACUUCUCCAUCUUAUUCGCGCGUGCCUCAUCGGGAGGUCGAUAGAGCUCUCCUUCUUCUCCUCUUCCUUCUCUCGACAGCAUUCAUCGGUGGAAGCUGGACAAAGUCGGAGAAAAGAACCACACCCAUUAUUACCGUUGGUUACUUACCGAAGCAUCUUUGUACUUCGAUAUGAAUACUUAGCUUCACCCAAGUGAAUGUGUUGCUGAGCGUUGCGCAGCAUUAAUCCAUGGAUCCGAUUCGGAGCCGGUCUGGUUUGGGAGAACAUGAAGCCACACAGAGCUACAUUACUACACUCGAAGAGACAGGAUAACCUUGGAGAAGACACACAAACACGCGAGAACAGAAUAAACAAAAAACCAAUUU